AUGACAUCAAAAUUACCGUCAUUAUUGAAUUGUCAAACAUUAAAAAACAUUUUAUCAAAACCAACAUCAAUUAAAUUUAGUAUCAUCGAAGCUAGUUUUGGCAAACAGAGUGAAGACGAAUUUAAAAAUGGACACAUUCCAAAAGCAAAAUAUUUUGAUCAAUUAGAAUGUACUACUCCAACAAAACUAAUACCUCGAGGAUUACCAGAAAUUAAAUGUUUUGAAAAUCUUUUAACACGGUUAGGUGUAACAAAUAAUCAUCAUGUUAUCAUUUAUGAUCGUUCACCCUUCGGAUUUUACGCAUCAUCACGCGCUUGGUUUCUAUUAAAGGCAUAUGGUCAUAAUAGUCUUUCGGUGCUUGAUGGUGGUUUUUAUAAAUGGAUGAACGAUAAAAAUCAAAUUGAAGCAGAGAAAGACAAUGGACAAGAAUCGCAACAAGAACAAGCAGAGAAGUUUCGUGCGAAAAUAGAUCCGGGUAUGUGGCGAAAAUUCGAUGAUAUUAUAGAAAACUUAAAAAAACCAUUAUAUCGUGAGCAAUUAGUCGAUGCUCGUCCAAAAAAUUUGUUUUAUGGUGCUAAUGGUGGUCACAUUCCAAAUUCGCUGAAUGUUCCAUAUACUCAAAUGUUUGAUGCAACAACCGGUUGUUUGAAGCCCAAAGAGCAAUUAGCUGAAAUAUACUCAAAGGCUGGUGUUAAUCUGUCUAAACCAGCUGUUUACACGUGUCAAACCGGAACAACAGCAUCAACUUUAGCUUUUGUUUCGCAUUUACUUGGUCAAGAUCCUGUGUCGGUCUAUGUGGGUUCGUUCACCGAAUGGAGUCAGAAAGCACCUGCAGAACUGAUUGUGAAAGAUGAACCACAACAUGACACAAAAUCGAAUGCAGCAUAA